AUGGCGAAUGCACAUCGCGCUAACGUCCUGGUUACCUCCUGUUUGAAAACGCCGGUAGACCCACACACCAAGGCUCCGUUGGCGUUGUACGAAAGGCAGCGAGCCCUUCCAUAUUCGUCAGCAGCUGGUCAUAUUCACAAUAGAGACUACGAAAAAGAGCUGCAGUAUGACGACUCGGGGUCUGAGUACGGUGAUGGGGAUGCCCCCGGGAAGGGUAGCCCCCUGAUGAUCAAAGACUACCGAGUGACGGGGGACCACAUCGACCUGCGUGAGUUCUACUUCUCCAACGAGGAGUAUUACCGCAAGCUGGAGGAGCUGAAGAGGGCCCACCUCCGCACCAUGGCCGAGCUAGAGGGCAUGUACCGCAAGAAGCUGGAGCUCAAAGGCGCACCACCCUCAGAAAACGUGAAGGGGGCACAGGCACACAGAUCGUACUUGAAGAUCAGCCCCAUGCCCGUGAGGCAUCUGAGGAAGGCCCACUCAGCUCUGGAACUGAGGAGGGGCUCUGGGCUGUCAGACACAUCUGACGAGGAAGGUGCUGUCGACAACAAUGUGGAGAAGUGUCUGCAGUCUUCCCCCAAAGAGCACAUCAAGAACAUGUGGCAGGACUUCAAGCUGUCGCCUCGCCAGCGCCACCCGUCCACAUCCUCCCUCCAGAGUCUCAUUGGGGGCCACAAGAAAGGCAUCAAGGGUAAGGACCGGAAGCAAGGGCGCAAAGAUGUCAAACACGAGCCUUGGAAACCCAGAGUGACCGUCCCCAAGCCAUUCCACAUGACGCUGCGGGAGAACCAGAAGCGCCAAAAAGGUGUCAAGACACGGUCAGAGAUCGAGCUGGAGAACGCAGCCCUGCGGAAGCAGCUGGAGGAGCUGACCGAGUGCCAGCACAAAUUCCGCGCCAGCUCCGUGCCCGCCCACGUGCGCCUGCCCCUCUACGAGGAGCUCCACGAACGCGACGAGGCGCGGCGGGCCAUGCGCGAGCGCGAGCAGCAGCGUCUGUGCUCCACCCAGCGGCCCUUCAGUUUCCUGGAACGCGAACGUCUCAAGAGGGAGCAGAGAGAGGAGCAGCUCCGCAACCUCCAGCCAAUCAGCCAGGAGAGAGUCCGACCAUUCAGGGCCAAGCCCGUGCCCAAGGCGGUGUACGAGGCGGCGUCGGGCGAGCAACUGAAGGAGGAGCAGCUGUACCGUGCCAUCAAGAUGCAGAUGAGGGCCCAGGAGCUGCUCCACAGCGCCUCAAUGCCCCCCAGCAUGCUGGCACGCCACCUCAGCGAAAGGAAGCGGGCCAAGGAUGAAGCCAGGGGGGACACCGCUGGAUCCGAGGAUGACAACAGCGCCCCUUACAGGCCCAAGAUAAACCCGGAGGUGCCCGACUUCGACGCCAGCUACAGGAGGUUCAAGAAGCAGCUGGAGAGCCGGCGCGACGUGAAGCCUUUGACGACGUGCAAGCCGUUUCAGCUCCGGACGUCACAGAUCCCCUCGCACCGCGAACGCAUCCUGGCCGACAUCGAGAAGGAGCAGAUGAGUCCCCGGGCCAAGCGCUGGCCUUAUGUCAGCACAGCUGGGCCUGUCCGCUCACACAACUCUAGCCUCUGCUCCUCCCUCUCAGGCAGUCUGGAACAGCUGCCUGCCAAAGUCACCGAUGCCAGCAAAAAACGCCAAGAGGCCGUGAGAAAGGUGCUUGAGCAGAGAAAGAAGGCAGAGGAAGAGGAGGAGAGAUGGAGUGAGAGACAGAAGCAGAGAGUGAAGAAGCUCGCAAAGGUGGUCUCGAAGUGCGCCCAAGCCAACGACGCUCACGUGCCCCUCUCCCAGACCAACCAGUCCAAGCUCAAGCAGUUCAGGAAGCAGGACUUUCAGCGGAGGAAGGAGUACAAGGAAGAGAUGAGGGAGAUCCAGGAGAGAGUGAAGGGGAGGCCUCUGCUGUUGGAGCAGGUCGCACAGAUGAAUGCCAAACACGCUGCAGAGAAGCGCUACACAGACACCCUGCGAGGGUGUGGACUGAGUGAGGACUUUGUCAGUGGCAAGGUGCCCAAGUCCCAGUGGCCAGGUGGCCAAGAAUCUGCAUGCAGGACCUCUUUCUCCAGUGACUCCAAACAAAG